AUGGCGCAGAAACUCGGACCCCUUGUGCACCUCUGGGGCAUCGACCCGACCCAGAUCCCCACGCAAAGCGCCUCCGGCGCGGAGGUCACGCCUCUCCUGACGGGCUUGUUGUCGGAGGCGCUGCCCUUCAUCGACGAGCUGCCCGCUGGCCAGGACUCGUCCAGCUCGUCCUGGAAGUUUCGCAAGUCGUACAGCUAUGCCUCUUCGGCAGCUCCCGUGGAAGUUUUUGAGAAGAAAAUCCCCCCCGAUGCCAUGCGCAGCGUCGCCGCCGAGUACAAGGACCAGCUCCCGCAGGUGACCAAGGCCGCCACCGCCGAGACGUGGUUUCUGCGGCGCAGCGUGCACGAGGACGCGGCGCAGCCCAAGACGGCGAGCUGGGACGAGUUCGUCGCCAGCUUCAAGCAGCACCAUGCCGAGUCGGAAAAGGCCUUUACGGAGACGGUCGUGGGGACGACGCCGGGCCGGGAAUGGGACUGCAGUGGCGUCGCGGUCCAGCUCGGCGACGAGACGUGGGUCGACUGGACGCUCAAGCUCGAGGAGUCGGUGCACAAGCUGCCGUUUCCGCUGCAGAAGCGCGUGUUCCCCGUGCUGCAGGCGACGGCGGCCGUCGAGGGGCGCAGGGAGUUUGUCGUGGUGCAGGUGUUUUACACGGGCGGGCCGGCCGAGGAGAAUGCCAAGGGCACCGUGACGGGCGCGUACACGAGCAUCGAGCGCAUCCGUGAACUGCCCGGCGGCGAGACUGGCGGCAAGAAGCAGAUUGAAUGGGUCAUGGGCACGGCGUCGGAUGCCAUGGGGAUUCUGCCCGAGUUUGUGCAGGUCAUGGCCACGCCGGACAUGGUGCCCAAGGAUGUCGACUUUUUCCUAUCGUGGGUUGUGAAGCAGCGAAAGUAG